CUCCAACAGAUCCCCAAGAACACAAUACAGCUGCAGAAAAAGCCGGAGUUAAUCGACUGAACAACUUGUCAGCCCUCAUUAGCCAUGGCCUCUCCCACCGGCCACCACUGAAGGAGGCCCAGUCUCCUCUUGUCCCCGUGCAGGAGAAAAGCCCCACUGAACUGCAGGACCUGCAAGCUGCCAGCCAUGUACACCUUGAUGGGAGGCGGGCUGUUGUGUGCGGUCUCGGGCCUGGUCCUUCUCAUUGUUGCCACAGCGACCGACUUCUGGAUGCAGUAUCGCUACUCAGGGAACUUGAGCAACCAGGGGCUCUGGAGGUUCUGCGUAGGGGGCAAGUGCCACCCCCACACCAUCAGCAUCGGAGCGACUCUCCGGGUCGUAUCUAGGAUGCAGCUCAUGCAAAAUGCAGCCACUCGCAUCCUGCCAGCCUUCUGGGAUGCCACCCGGGCAUUCAUGCUGCUCUCCAUCCUCUCCUGCUUCGCGGGCAUUAUCCUGGGCCUCACCGCCUUCUCCAGCAGCACCAGGGCAUCCCGGACCCGCUCCGCCGGCAUCACCCUGCUGAUCGCUGGUCUCUUUGCUUUGCUGGGGCUGUCAGUGUACACUGGUGUGACGGUGAAUUUCUUUGGUAAGCGCUACACUGACUGGCGCUUCUCCUGGUCCUACAUCCUGGGCUGGAUCGCCGUCAUCCUCACCCUCUCGGCAGGUAUUUUCCAUGUCUGCGCUGUCUCCAAGAGCCCGUCCACAGAGACUUCCAAUGUGGCAAGCGGCUGAGCCCCCACAACCGCCAGGACACAUGGCCUGGUCCUGACAGCUCCCCGCCCUUGUCCCUGCCCUUGCCCUCCAGUGACACCCAUCUGGCCCUAGCCUGGCCAAUCCCAGCCCUACAGUGACAUCUGCCAGGCCCCAGCCAAUCCCAACUCUCCAGUGCCACCGCCAGGCCCCAGCCAACCCCCACUCUUCAUUGAUACCUGCAGGCCCCAGCCAAUCCUUGCCCUUCAGUGCUAUCUGCUCGGCCCCAGCCAAUCCCAACCCUGCAGUGCCACCGCCAGGCCCCAGCCAACCCCCACUCUUCAUUGAUACCUGCAGGCCCCAGCCAAUCCUUGCCCUUCAGUGCUAUCUGCUGGGCCCCAGCCAAUCCCCACCCUUCAUUGAUACCCAUUAGGCCCCAGCCAAUUCCAGCUCUACAGUGCCACUACCAGGCCCCAGCCAAUCCUUGUCCUCCAGUGAUGUUUGCCAGGCCCCAGCCAAUCCCAACCCUUCAUUGAUACCUGCCAGGCCCCAGCCAAUCCCAGUCCUACAGUGCCACCUCCAGUGAUGUUUGCCAGGACCCAGCCAAUCCCUGCCUUCCAGUGAGACUUGACCUGACAGGAUCCAGCCAAUCCCAGUCCUCCAAUGAGACCCACAAGGCCCCGGCCAAUCCCUGUCCUCCAGUCAGACCCCAAAACCUCCAACGCUUACAACCUGCAGCUCUCUGCCCUGUCCCAGCCCCCGCCCCUGCCCUUGGCCAGGCAUGGUGCCCAGUGCUGGCCUUGAUCCAUGUGCCAGUGACCUGAAUGUGCCAAUAAAACCAGCCGAAACCUCA